UCACCUCUUCUCCAAAACCCCCAUUUCUCACAAAUAUUACAUUGACUAGCAAUUUGUGCUUUCUCGGGAGACUCGAAUCAUCAUUUCAGUUCGAUUCGUAGGAAAAUGGCGUUUUUGCUCAACAAAACAGCAUUAUCUAAGCUUCGACUCAAUCCUCAGAAAACUGAUGAAUCUUUGAUGCUAUCACGACGUGGGAUCCAUAUCGAACCUGGGGCUCGCGAGAAGGCUCUCUUGGCAGCGGAUCCCUCCUUGAAACGCUUUAAAUCACAUAAACAGAGUGUGCGAACCCUCAAAAGGGUGGGAGAUGUUCUAACUAUUGUUGUAGUAGCAGGAUGUUGCUAUGAGAUAUAUGUGAGAGCUGUUAUGCGGGAAGAAGAAAGGAAACAGGCUGAAGGAAGCGCAUAAUGCAGAUCAUUCUGUUUUUGCAUAUCUUCAUUGCUGUUAUUCUUCGAAACAUGGAGAGAAUGGGAUAAUGAAGGUUGAUAUCUUGAUACUAAGUACAUGAAGUGUUUUAACUUUUGUUUGGGUUGGUGGUAUGAAAAUAAGAUGGCUCCAAACAGCUGAGGCUGCAUUCAACGCCAAGAACAUUGCAUGCAAUUUUUGGCUUUAAUUUAACUUAAUGUUUGAAUGCUCUAGAAUGUAUGUGAUGCCUGGUGAGAUUUCUCACCUUCAAUUAUGAUGCUUUCACUUGA